AUGGUUAAAAUUUGUUAGGUUAGGAGAUAAGAAGUGUCGUUGUCAAUAUAUUUUUUUAUUUCACUUUUCACUAAUCGGUCUUCCAGUUAGUUAUCAUUACAUUUGGAGGUCAUUUACAUAACAACUUGGCGUAUUUAAGUUGAAACCUAGCUUUCUAGUAAACGUAGUAAACCAGAAAUGGCUCCUUUGGCCGCUGAAAAAGUCGCACCGCUACCCGAAGGGGGAAGUUCAGAGAAAGGAGUGAAGGCUGUGCUUUUAGGGCCACCAGGUUCCGGUAAAGGAACAAUGGCUGCAUGGCUUAAAGACAAAUUUUGUCUUUGCCAUCUAUCAACUGGAGAUAUGUUAAGGGCAGAGAUCUCUUCGGGUUCCGAAUUAGGUUCGAAGCUCAAGAAAGUCAUGGACGAGGGCAAACUUGUUAGCGACGAUUUAGUGGUUAAAAUGAUUGACCAAAACCUGGACAAGCCAGAAUGUAAAAGAGGAUUUUUACUUGACGGUUUUCCGAGAACUGUUGUACAAGCUGAAAAACUUGAUGACUUAUUGGAGAAAAGACACACAAAAUUGGAUGCCGUAGUGGAGUUUGCUAUCGAUGACAGUCUACUUUUCCGUCGUAUUACUGGGCGUUUAAUUCACCCAAAUAGCGGCAGGUCAUACCAUGAGGAGUUUGCGCCUCCAAAGAAACCCAUGACAGAUGAUAUUACAGGGGAGCCGUUAAUUAAACGAUCCGAUGAUAAUGUGGAUGCUCUAAGAAAAAGGUUAUUAACAUAUCAUAAUCAGACAAAACCAUUAGUUGACUAUUAUCAAAUUAGAGGUAUUCAUUAUCGUAUUGAUGCUUCUCAGGCUGCUGCCAAUGUCUUUAAGAAUAUUGAUGAAAUUUUCCUGAGGAAACUUCAAAGCAGAUCCUUUUCCAGGUUAUAAAGCGUAGCUUUUCUUAAAUGGUUGCAUUUUGGUUAGUUCUGUUAUUUUAUGUAUUAUUGAAUACCUCUUCAUCUUUUCAGAGUAUGUUAAAUAUGUGUCAGCAUUUAAAUUGAGGAAGUUCUGCAUGUGGAACUAUUUUUUCUUCAUUGUUCCUAAAUAUCAUUGUUUUUAAAUAAUUUAAUGAAUAUUUUUGUAUUGUUACUUCAAUAAAAACAAAUCUUUAAAUAUGAACAAAUAAA